UCAGUAUAGGAUUUCUGUCAAAAAAGGAUAACCAACAUUAUUAUCAUGGAAAAAAUUUUGUGUUAUUCAUUAUUUGUGUUUCAAAUUCAUUUCCUUUUACAUAGUAGCAGUGCCAAUAAUAAUAAUAAUUACAACAAAAACAAGGUUCCAGCAAUAAUAGUGUUUGGAGACUCAUCAGUUGAUUCUGGUAACAACAACUUCAUUCCAACAAUUGCAAGGAGCAACUUUGAGCCAUAUGGGCGUGAUUUUCCUGAUGGAAACCCAACAGGGAGAUUCUCAAAUGGAAAAAUUGCCCCUGAUUUUAUCUCUGAGGCCUUUGGUCUUAUGCCAACUGUUCCUGCAUACUUAGAUCCGUCUUAUAGUAUUUCAGAUUUUGCUAAUGGUGUUUGUUUUGCAUCUGCUGGAACUGGAUUUGACAAUGCUACUUCAAAUGUUGUUGAUGUGAUACCUCUGUGGAAAGAAAUUGAAUACUACAAGGAGUACCAAAGAAAAUUAAGGACAUAUCUUGGUGAGGAGAAAGCUAAUGAAAUAUUCAAAGAAGCAUUAUAUUUAGUUAGCAUAGGUACAAAUGAUUUUCUAGAGAACUAUUACACACUCCCUCAACGUAGGUGCCAAUUUAAAAAAGUUCAACAAUACGAGGAUUUUCUAAUUGGACUAGCAGAGAAUUUUUUUAAGGAAAUUUAUCAUCUUGGAGCAAGAAAAAUUUCUCUGACAGGAUUGCCUCCUAUGGGGUGUUUGCCAUUGGAAAGAGCCAUAAACAUUAUGGAAUUUCAUGGUUGUGUGGAGGAAUACAAUAACGUGGCUUUGGAAUUUAAUGGCAAAUUAGGAUGGUUAGUCAGUAAACUUAACAAAGACCUUCCUGGGCUUCAAUUAGUUGAUGCAAAUGCAUAUGAUAUCCUUUUGCAGAUUGUUACACAGCCUUCUCGUUUUGGUUUUGAGGUUGCGCAAGUUGGAUGUUGUGGAACAGGGAGAUUUGAGAUGAGUUACUUAUGCGACCCAAAAAGUCCAUUUACAUGCUCAGAUGCAAAUAAAUAUGUAUUUUGGGAUGCCUUUCACCCUUCGGAGAAAACAAGUCAGAUAGUCUCUAACUAUUUAAUUGAAAAAUAUUUAGCAAAGUUCCGUUAAUUUUAAUACACGGACCAAUAUGUCCUUCCAAUUUCAAUACUAUUGGUGUAUUCCACUAUUCAAUAAUUGAUCAAACUACCACUUUCCAAGAUAAUGUUAAACUGAAUUGUCCACAUGAUUUGAAACAAUGGUAGCAAAAGAAGUAUCAGUAAUCGUGGAGUACGAAAUUGCAAGUUGUAUCUUUGUUGUUGAGUGAGUGAGUGUGGAAGGUGGAAACUGUUGUGUGCUUUGUUUGUUUUAAAACCUUGGAAGGUGGAAAUUGUUGUGUAAAGAAGGAGAAAUGAGGGAUGAAAGGGAGAUAUGCUUGAAGCUGCACAUGCUUUGUUUAUGGAUGAAUUUGUUAUAUUUUCGUUGUAUGGACAACAACACAAGAUAUUUAUUCUCAUUUCUCAUGUAAUAACUUAUUGCACACAAGCAAUCUCGUAGCUGAUGCACACCCAUACCAUUAUCAUCUUGCUAGAUUCCACACUUAUUUCUUUCAUCCAUCCAACUAAAAUUAUUUUAUAAAACUAAAUUACUAAGCAUGGCACUUAAAAAAGGAAAGAGAAAGAGCUAACCAUAGAGAGUAUAAUCACCAUCUUGAAUAACAGGAAGAACGAGAAGAAAAGGUAACACCGUAUAAAAUUAAAAAAUAAAAAGAAAGAAGAAAUCUUGAAACCACAUAAAGCAAACAGAAAGAGGUUCAGUUAGAAGAACAUAAAAUCAGAAGAAGUUGGACCUGCAACUUGAGGAACUCAGAGAUCAACAUCCACUGUUUUAAACUCAACUUGUUUCUCAAUCAGACACACUAGCACCCGUUUUGGGGAAGUAUAUGCUGGACCCUACACCUUUACUGCCCUGGACUUGGGGGAAU